AUGGCGUCGCCGAUCUUUCCGGCAAGUAGAUUUUGCCAUCGUGUCCAUGGAUUCUCUCUCACGUUUUAACGUGUAACCUGUAUUAAAAAUACAGAAUGACGGACGACGUGGUAGUCCUAGAAGAUGCUGUUCAAAGAGAAGAAGAAAUAGCUCAUUUUCAAGCUCCUGCAAUACAACAUAAUCCCGAUGGAUGGGGUCCUUGUGAAUUACCUGAUCAAUUUAAAGAUAUACCUUAUCAACCAUUUUCAAAAGGAGAUAGAUUGGGAAAGAUAUCUGAUUGGACUACACCAGCUUUUCAAGAUAAAAAAUUUCCCAACAAAUAUACAUCACAGUUUGGUUCAGGGAGUCAAUAUGCAUAUUAUCAUGAUGAAGAUGAAACAACUUUUCAUUUAGUUGAUACAACUCGUGUACAAAAACCACCUUAUCAACGUGGUGGUCGCUUCCGCCAUAAUCAAAGAAAUUUACGUGGUCGAGGAAGUCAACGUGGUUCAUUGAGUCAAAUGCAACAACUUGGUAAAUUAAAACUUCGUGAAAGAGAUCGCAAAGGACAAGCAAAACGUUGGGGCAGACAACAAGGAUUACGUAAUCAUAAAAAUCAACCCCCAAUUAAAAUUCGCGAUGCAUCUGUUACUGUAAGACCUGAUUGGGUAACUAUUGAAGAAAUGGAUUUUCCACGUUUAGCUAAAUUGUCUUUACCUGGUGUAAAAGAUGGAGAAGAUAUUUUAUGUUGUGGCUCCCUUGAAUAUUAUGAUAAAACUUAUGAUAGAGUGAAUGUUAAAAGUGAAAAGCCACUACAAAGAAUUGACAGAAUCUUUCAUACAGUUACUACUACUGACGAUCCAAUAAUUCGUAAACUUUCAAAAACAGAAGGAAAUGUUUAUGCUACAGAUGCAAUUUUAGCAACAAUAAUGUGUUGUACUCGUAGCAAUUAUUCAUGGGAUAUUGUAAUUGAAAAAAUUGGAGAUAAAUUAUUUUUUGAUAAACGAGAUAAUACUGAAUUUGAUCUCUUAACUGUAAAUGAAACCAGUGUUGAGCCUCCUCAAGAUGAUGGAAAUUCUUUAAAUUCUCCCAGAAAUUUAGCUUUAGAAGCUACAUUUAUUAAUCAUAAUUUUUCUCAACAAGUACUAAAAUCAAAUGAACCUAGAUAUAAAUUUGAAGAAGGAAAUCCAUUUAUUUCAGAAGAAGAAGAAGGUGAUGUUGCCAGUGUUGCAUAUCGGUAUAGAAAAUGGGAUUUAAAUAACGGAAUUGUUCUUGUCGCAAGAUGUGAACAUGAUGCUGUAAUGCAAGGUCCUAAUAAUGAAAUUCAAUUUUUAACAAUUAAAGCUCUAAAUGAAUGGGAUUCAAAAUUAGCUAAUGGAGUUGAAUGGAGACAGAAAUUAGACACACAGCGUGGUGCAGUAUUAGCAAAUGAAUUGCGCAAUAAUGCUUGCAAGUUAGCUAAAUGGACUGUUCAAGCAUUGCUAGCUGGUUCAGAUCAAUUGAAAUUCGGUUAUGUCUCUAGAGCAAUGGUUAGAGAUUCUAGUAAACAUGUUAUUCUUGGUACACAGCAAUAUAAGCCAAAUGAAUUUGCAACACAAAUCAAUCUUAAUAUGGAUAAUGCAUGGGGUAUUUUACGAUGCAUUAUUGAUAUUUGCAUGAAACAAAAAGAUGGAAAAUAUUUAAUUAUGAAAGAUCCAAAUAAACCAAUGAUAAGAUUAUACGAUAUUCCAGAUAACACAUUUGAAAGUGAAGGAGAAGAAGAUGAAGAUGACGAUGAACCUGUUAAUGACGCUUUUCAAAGUUAACAGUUUUAAAUUUUCUUGAACUUCUUUGAACUAUCUUAAAAUCAUUGAUUUAUCAUAAACAUGUAUUUUAAGAAAAAAAGAAAGUGGCAUAAUAAAUAAAUCUUAAAUCUA